UUUAUAUAGUGUAUUUGUUGAAAUAUGUAGUCCUUAUUGUUUAAAUUUGUUUAUCUUUAAUUUGGUUAGGUUCAUCAUACAUGGCUGGGAAACGCAAAAGGAAAGGGGGAAAUGAACCCGUAAAGAAGGAUGUCACCCCCGAGCCGAACGAUAAUGCGGUUGCUUGGAGAAAUUUCUUGUAAGUUUUGAAUGAUGGAUAGUUGUUUACUCGUGUGAUUGAUGUUUAACAUUUAUUUUAUUAUAUAUUUGAUUGAAAUUAUGUCCAUAUGUAGCAAUGCGAACUACAAAGCCCUUCGAGCAGCUGAGAAGGGAUUAACUGAGAAAGAGGCUACCGACAAAUUAAAAGUGCAAUAUAAAGGUUUCACCGACGAGGAGAAGUCUGAGUGGAGAAGCUAUGACCCUAACCCUAAUCCCGCUAAGAAGGCGGUGCAAACAAGGGGGAGGAAACCAAAGGCAGCUGAUGCCAAGGGGAAGAAAGUGGAGGUGGAUGAGGAAGAGGGUGCUCCUGAAAGUGAAGAAGCAUCUGUGUACGGUCGAUGCUCCUUCAACCGUUUAAUGAGGAUUUGCAAGAACCUGAACCUGGAGCAGAAAGAUGUGAUCCAAAAUGCUGGAUUUGGAUCAUUCAUCAGAGAGGAUGCACCAUACGUUGACACCCGACUAGUGAGUUGGUUAAUCAAACAUGUUGACCCAACCACUAGCAUACUGGAUUUGUAUGGGAGGAAAAUUCACUUAUCUGCCGUGAUGUUCGGAGAUGUUAUGGGGGUGGACGACGGAGGGGAUCUUGUAGUCACCGAGGGUGAUAGUGACACUCGAUAUCUGGAGGAGAUAUUGAACGUUGUCGAGUACACCGUGUCCUUGACAAUGUUGGAGAAAUCUUUGUUGGAGUGCGUUGAGGCAGACAGCCUAUUUCUGAUUAAAUUUUCUUUGGUGGUCAUAGGGACAGUCCUUGCGCCGAAAACGGGGGUCGAUAUCACUUCGGGGUACUUGCACUCCCUUAGGGUUACCAGGGACAUUCGCCACAAGAACUGGGCGACUGCGGGGUUCAGGUAUCUGAUGAACUCAAUUUUCAGAUUCCGAAAUAAGGCGACGAAGAAUGUAUCUGGCUGCACCUUAUUCCUCCAGUUGGUGUACUUGACUCACGUGGAGUGGAACUUUGGAUAUGUCGACCGAACAGUGCUCCCUAUUGAUUUUUGGGGUAGUAAACAAUGUAAGUCCGCUUACAAAUUUGUGAAAGACAAUGGGGGUCCCAACAGCGACAAGAUAACGCUCACUUCGAAUCCCGUAAUACUGCCCAACUACUACUCCGACUCGGAAGGAAGAAAGAGCAGUGACCACUUUGUCAGCUCUAUCAACGAGUUGAAGGAGUACUUCUCCAAUGAGUUAAAGUCUCAGUUGAGAUCAUUUUCUUUGAAAUUUAUGGACAAAGGAGAAGGUGUAGGUGGUAUUGACCGAGAGUUGGAGGAGGAUGCUGCUGCGGAAACGGGGAAGAAGGCGGAGUGCGCCGAUGAAGGUGCUGCACAUAAGACCUUCGACGAUGAGGACUUUGAUAUAGUCGAAGUGGCAUCUUUCUGGAAUAAAGGCAAAGCCCUCGUCAAAUCAAAGAAGACACAGUCGGAGAAUGUGCCUUUAAUUGAGGAUGACUUCAACGAUAAGGCGUACGAGCAAUUCAUUGAGUCGGGCAGAACUGUUGUCGGGCCUUUCAAGACGAAGGAAGCGAUCCCCCGUAACCAAUAUGGGUUUUACAAGUUUAUUUUUAGCAACACGUUAGAUCCGGGAUAUGUGCUUGCGAAAUUUCGAAAGUUUGAAGUGGAUAGGAGGUGCAUGGCAUCGUUGCGACCGUUGCGAGAAGUUGAGGGAUCCAUCAUUGACUGUUUUUCUAUACUAAUGAACAAGUACGAACGUGAUAGUCGAUUACCUGACCAACCUCGUGUUUGGUACAUGCCCACUCGCAUCUCGCAAAAAACUCUCGGUUCGUUUAAUGUGAAGAGGAUUGCGAAAGACCGGGAGUGGUCAAAACUGUUUUACGAAGACAACUUGGAAAAAUGCGUCAAGAUGUUUGUGCCGGUGUUGACUCUAGAAGGUGCACCACAUUGGUUUGGUGCCGAAGUAAAUAUGAAGUCCAAGGUUGUCUCAUUUAUGGACUCCCUACACACCGCAAUGAAUGAGAAGUAUCGUGUGGAGGCUACGAAAGAAAUGUUGUCGACGUUGGACCUUUUGUUUGAGGAGAAUAGGUCGAAGAAUGUGACUUUCGUGGAUUUCAGAAUUGACAGGAAAGAUCGCGGGCUUCCUCAACAAGACAAUGACCGAGAUUGCGGUGUAUACGUCAUGAAGUACAUGGACGCUGUGGCCAAUGAGGAAGAAGUAGUUGAUGAGUUUCACCCGGUUGAGGCACGUUUGGAAAUCGCUGCGAGGAUCAUAACUGAUGAACAAAAUGAAAUUCGUACCAAAGUGGUUGAAGAUCGUAGGGCUGCACAAGGCAGCUCAUUUGCAUCAUCCUCGGCCCCUUUGCGUAGUCCGUCAAAGUCUCCACGCGAUCCUCGGUUCAGUACAGCGAAGUCUCGCAAUGCAAACAUGUUUCCCCCGUCAAGAGCCUCCCCUAGGCUUCAGUCUACCAAGACUAAGAUUUCAUAUGGUGAAUAGUGUGUGAAAAACACUUGUGUUAUUAAUAGGUUGUGUUAUUAAUAGGUUGUGUUAUUAGUGUGUUGUGUAGUUUGGAUUUGGGAGCAUAGGUUGUGUUAUUUGUGUGUUGUUUAGUUUGGAUUUGGGAGCAUUUGGAUUUAGACAUCUGUUUUUAUUAGUUCACGUUUGGAACUGGUUAUUAUGUUCACAGACUUGUGUUUAUUUUAGUUUUGACAAUAUAUUAAACCAUACUUAGCAAA